AUGGUUGCCAGGCGUCUGGUACUUUACGGCGGCGGUGUUCUUGGCCAGCGAUCUCUUUUUCACGGAUUUUGGUGGACUUUGACGGAAAGUAGGGCACUUCGCUCCGAGAAUGUUUCGGGCGGGCGCGUAAACUUCGGCCGCAACUAUGGUUUUAUUAAUAGCUUUAAACUUAAUGUUCCACACUUUGCUGACUUAUAUCUGGUGGGCGUGCACUUCCUAUCUUGUUCUCCUAUUUACAACGUAGAUCACCUCAAAGAUUCAUGGACAGUGGUUACCGGAGGCACAGAUGGCAUUGGUCGAGCAUACAUUGAAGAAUUAGCGAAAAGUCGUGGUCUACGAAAAUUCUAUCUUAUUGGCAGAAACAGGCAGAAGUUGGACCAAGUGGUCAAAGAACUCCAAGAGCGAUAUGAGGCCGAAUGUAAAACAGCCGUAUUCGAUUUUGAAUGUGAUAGUUAUGACAAGCUACCUCAGGAGCUGAAAGAUAUGGAUGUUGGUAUUUUGAUCAACUGUGCUGGAAUUGCUCCCACUCAAGUGGCUAACUUCAUCGAAAUGCCUGAGGGAACAGCGUCGAGGAUAUUCCAAGUCAAUCUUAUGUCGAAUGUUAAGAUGUUGGAGCUCGUCCUUCCUGGCAUGAUCAAAAGAAACAAAGGAUGCGUUGUCAACGUCUCUUCAAUGACCGGGUGGCGUCCAUUACCGUAUAUCAGUGCAUACCCUGCCAGCAAAGCUGCCAUAUCAUUUUUCUCAGAUUGUCUUAGCGACGAAUUCCGUCACACAAACGUUCGAAUCCAGUGUCUGAUACCGAUGUUGGUUGCGACCAAAGUCGCUUCGUACGACGUACAUGAGGCUAACAAUUUAUUCGUAGUCACGCCUGAAAACUAUGCAAGGCAAGCGGUACGGGCCUUAGGACGAUUCGAAAUGAUUACGGGAUGUGUUCAACACGAUAUUCAGAUUGCCUUGGGAACGCUGCUUUCGUUUUGGGUGUUCAAACUUCUAUACGUGCCAAUAAUCAUGUUAGGUAUACACAAGGAUCGUGUUGCUGCCUACCAAAAAAGUCACAGCAAAGUGGCUUAGGUGCUUUCGUGAUAUCAUAUUGGCUUUAAGAUAAUGCUUAAUAUUUUUGGACAUUUGGAUUGUGCAUGGCGUCAUUUUUUAGUGACGAGAUGAUAAAGAUUUAUGCAUCGGCUC